AUAAGACCGGUUUUCGUGGCCUAUUGGCGAUAGACGCAGUGACUCCUUCAGCCAGACGCAGUGACUCCCCCUACUUAGACGCCCUCCCUGCGACUGUCAUGGAGGUACUUGAAGAAUCGGGGCUGGAGCCCCACAUUAAGGACGACCCCUUUCUACCGCAGACCUGCGAUAUUCUCUUCACCACCUUGCAUGAAACGAACCCAUCCGUCAUCGUCCUACCUCAACCCAGAGACUUUGUUGAAUUACUGAGUGAAAGACUUCACGUUUUAGAUGCAGAUUCAUUGGACAUCAAUUGUGAUAAAUUGACAGGCGGCUUCUUGCCUGCGGACAUAUCACCACUGGACACUAAAUUCUUCUCAGACCCAGGGGCAGAAAGUGAUGAUUCUGGAUUUCAUAGUUACACGGAUAUUAACUUUUUCUCUGGACGUAGGGGUAUAAUUGAUGAGGACUAUAUGGAAAAUACUGUGUAUAAUAUGGAUGUUAACGAUGCAGGGGAUAAUAAUUUUGAUGAGGACAAUGAUGAUGAGAACAGUGAUGGUGAUUCUGACUCUUCUUCUGGCAGCAGUGAUGAUGAUGAUGAUGAUGAAUCAGGCAGCAGCAGCAGUGGCAGCAGUGAUGAGAUGGAUGAUGAUGAUGACAAUGUAGAUGCAUGCGAGCAGUCCCAAGAUGGCCGAGGCAGAGAGAUGGCAGCCGAGGCCCUGCUCAGCAUGGACUCGCCCAGCACGGGGACGGAGGCCAAGACGUUCUUACAGGGCAUCCUGCAUGAGCAGCACCACAACCACCAUGCCUCUCUCCCACCAAGCCCAGACAGUGGCCUGGACAGUGAACUGGACACAAGCUCUAUAGAUGACCCCAAACAGAGACAUCAAGCCAAUGGUUUGAGUAAGUCAACAGCUGGUAGCUUCAUCUCCCCAUACUAUCAACCACCCCCUGCACAUCAGCCGCUACCUGCCCACUUCAACACAGCCACACACAUAGCCAUGAGGCCAGACCAUUUUGAAAGCAGCUCAAAUUUAACCCCAUUGACAGCAGUUCAGCACAGCCCCUCCAGUUACCACAGUGUCAACAACAUCAGCAGCAUCUCCUCAAACUUGUCCUCAGUCUGUGAAACCCCAGCUCCCACCCCUCAAGACAAACCAAAAACAAAGAAAGGUCGUAAACCAAAAUAUCCAGACUACCCCAUUAGUUCACCUCCUAAAAGAAAAAGAGAAGGUAAUGCACAGUACCUGUGGGAAUUCUUGCUGCAGCUACUUCAGAAUCAAGACACGUGUCCAAACUACAUCAAGUGGACCAACAGGGAAAAGGGGAUUUUCAAACUGGUUGACUCAAAAGCUGUCUCUCGGUUAUGGGGUCAGCAUAAAAACAAACCAGACAUGAAUUACGAAACAAUGGGGAGAGCUUUAAGGUAUUAUUACGCCAGGGGUAUUUUAAACAAAGUUGAUGGUCAAAGAUUAGUCUAUCAGUUUGCAGAUGUGCCCAAAAACAUUGUGGAAAUCGACUGCUCAAAUGUAUAGCCUUGGUCAAAAACUGGACAAGUGGGGUGGGUUGGGUUGUUUCCUAUGUGACAGCAAACUGUGAUCUUUUUAACAGGGCAUAAUCAUCAUUUUUUUUUAAGGAAAGAGAGAUCUAACUUGCGCAAAAAUAAAAAAAGUUUUUUUCUGUUUGGGAAAUGGACAGUGAACAAGGAAUGAAGUUCUGUCAGGAGCUGAGAAAUGUGGUGUCUGUGUGUAGCCGUGUCAGGGAAACCUGGUGUUGGAACUUCUUAGGUCACUGACCUUACAGACGAUCUGAAUAUUUUGACACCUUAACUCACCGUGUCAUUCUCAUUGACCUGCAGUUAAAAUAUAAAAAAGCCAGCCUUGUUUUUUAAUCCCCGUCUGCUGUGUUUUUUAGCUUAUUUCCAUAGAUAACUAAACUUAUUUUAUAAAGUUGUUGACCCAGGUUAUUCAUAAUUUUUCGCCCACUCAUUGAAUUUUAAUGAAACAUUUGCAUAAUGUUACAUGUGUUGAUGUUGAUUCAAGUGGCAGAGCAUGUAGCAUUAGUCUGAUAGUUUGGUGCAUUUAAAAGAUACAUGCGUUCAUUUUAAUUUAUGGAAUUUUUUUUGUUUCUUUAUAAAUUUUUGUUUUAAUUGAUGAUCUAACUUGUAUGAUUGUUUUAAAGGUGGAAUUAAGAAAAAUUACAUGUGAUAUUAUUUCAAGUGUGUUUGGAGUGUAAUAGAUAUUAGAAUAGUAUAUUUAAACAGUUUUGUUUUUAGUAUAUCAAGUGUACAUUAGCUUUUAGCAUACAUUUGCCAUAAUUUAUUUGAUUUAACAAUAUAUCAUGUCUAGGAAAUAGAAACUAGAUUUACUAACAAACUUGAAUAUUUUAUUUCUUUUAACAUGAACAUAUCUUAAUUGUUUGAAUAACUAAAAUAUAAAUUAGUGGACAGCUAUCUGAAGUCUAUUGACUAUUUACACAUUAAAUAUGCUUAAAUUAACUAAAAGCUUAGAAACAUUUGUAACUAAGUGUUGUUCUUGCAUAUUAUGUACACUAUAUACUGCUUGCAUUUUUUUUAUAAACCAAAUAGGAAUCAGUUUAGUAAAUAGAACUUAAAAACCACAUAUUAUGUGAAUAAUUUUUAACAGUUUGCAAUGGCCUGCUUAUUUUUUUUAUCAGAAUUUUAAUUCCUAACUUCUGGUUGUUGUUUUUUUUUUAUUAAAUUUGUAAGGUCACUGGUUGUGACCUGGAAGUGUAUUGUCCAUAUUAUUUCAGGGGUAGCUAAGGAUGUUCAUGUUAACAUUGAUAUUGCCUGGACUUGUAGUGUACCAGUUUCAGAAGGCAGCCAUUUGUUGUAAAAGUUGUAGAAAGUUUGACUGGGGGGUGUGAUGCAUGGAAUGGCUUACUCAAGCAUAACUGAUUCUUCAAAACUAUCAGCCAUUGUGAAUAUAUAAAUAAGCCAGGCAUGACAGUGUAACAUUGCUCAUGUGUAACUUGUUAUUUUUCAGUUACUUCAUUU